AUGGAACGACUGGGGAAGGAACGACUGGGGAAGGAACGACUGGGGAAGGAACGCCUGGGGAUGGAACGAUUGGGGAAGGAACGACUGGGGAAGGAACGACUGGGGAAGGAACACCUGGGGAAGGAACGACUGGGGAAGGAACACCUGGGGAAGGAACACCUGGGGAAGGAACGACUGGGGAAGGAACGACUGGGGAAGGAACGACUGGGGAAGGAACGCCUGGGGAAGGAACACCUGGGGAAGGAACGACUGGGGAAGGAACACCUGGGGAAGGAACACCUGGGGAAGGAACGACUGGGGAAGGAACGACUGGGGAAGGAACGACUGGGGAAGGAACACCUGGGGAAGGAACGACUGGGGAAGGAACACCUGGGGAAGGAACACCUGGGGAAGGAACGACUGGGGAAGGAACGACUGGGGAAGGAACGACUGGGGAAGGAACACCUGGGGAAGGAACACCUGGGGAAGGAACGACUGGGGAAGGAACACCUGGGGAAGGAACACCUGCGGAAGGAACGACUGGGGAAGAAACACCUGGGGAAGGAACGCCCAGACCUCUCACCUUCCCGUCAAUGUUCACAAAGUGUGGUAAAGAAACAGUGUUCACAAAGUGUGGUAAAGAAACAGUGUUCACAAAGUGUGGUAAAGAAACAGUGUUCACAAAGUGUGGUAAAGAAACAGUGUUCACAAAGUGUGGUAAAGAAACAGUGUUCACAAAGUGUGGUAAAGAAACAGUGUUCACAAAGUGUGGUAAAGAAACAGUGUUCACAAAGUGUGGUAAAGAAACAGUGUUCACAAAGUGUGGUAAAGAAACAGUGUUCACAAAGUGUGGUAAAGAAACAGUGUUCACUAAGUGUGGUAAAGAAACAGUGUUCACAAAGUGUGGUAAAGAAACAGUGUUCACUAAGUGUGGUAAAGAAACAGUGUUCACUAAGUGUGGUAAAGAAACAGUGUUCACAAAGUGUGGUAAAGAAACAGUGUUCACUAAGUGUGGUAAAGAAACAGUGUUCACAAAGUGUGGUAAAGAAACAGUGUUCACAAAGUGUGGUAAAGAAACAGUGUUCACAAAGUGUGGUAAAGAAACAGUGUUCACAAAGUGUGGUAAAGAAACAGUGUUUACAAAGUGUGGUAAAGAAACAGUGUACAAAGUGUGGCAAAGAAACAGUGUUCACAAAGUGUGGUAAAGAAACAGUGUUUACAAAGUGUGGUAAAGAAACAGUGUUCACAAAGUGA